CGCUCCGCCCUCCCGGGUCGGCGUCGACGGGGUGGAUGGUGUUGUCGGCGGCUGUGGCCUGAGGCGAUGGCAGAAGCGGGGCCGGGGAAGGUGCCGUUGGAACCGGGCGUAGACCUGAGGAUGAGUCCCGGGACGGAGGUGAAGGUGGUCUCGCUCGCCCUGCUGCUGGGCCUGACCGUGCUGAGCGGGCUGCUGCCGGUGUGCGCCCUGAGGGGAGCGGCGGCCGUGGCGGGAGGCUCGGCCGGAGCAGGCCAGCGCCGCGUUCUCAGUCUGCUCAGCUGCCUGGCUGGGGGGGUGUUCUUAGCCACCUGCCUCCUGGACUUGCUCCCAGACUACCUGGAAGAUAUGGCUGCGGUGUUGGACAAGAUGAAGAUCGUCCUGGAGUUCCCGCUGCCCGAGUUCAUCGUCGCCAUGGGCUUCUUCCUGGUGCUCAUCAUGGAGCAGAUCACCCUGGCCUGUCGGGACCAGGCCGGGAACACGGAGGAGACCAGGGCGUUGCUGGGCCGUCCGUCGCCACACCACGAGGGCCUGUCCCCCCGCGAGGAGGCCGCCCCCCACCUCCACGUGGACUUCAACUCCCACUCGGCCAUCCGCUGCCUGGUGCUGGUGCUGGCACUGUCCCUGCACUCAGUGUUUGAGGGGCUGGCGCUGGGCGUGCAGCAGACCAGCGCCAAGGUGGUGGAGAUCUGCGUCGCCCUCUCCGUCCACAAGUGCAUCGUGGCCUUCAGCUUGACCCUGAAGCUGGUGCAGAGCCGGCUGAGGUGGACGGCGGUGGUGGCCUGUGUUGUCACCUUCGCCGUCAUGUCACCCCUGGGCAUCGGACUGGGCAUCAUGCUGACUGAGGACUCCAGCCACCAGCUCGUCCGUGCCGUGCUGGAGGGCAUGGCCACUGGCACCUUCAUCUAUAUCACCUUCAUGGAGAUCCUGCCCCAUGAGCUCAACUCAUCCCACCAGCGCAUCCUCAAGGUCAUCAUGCUCAUCCUGGGCUUCUCCCUCGUCACCGGCGUCCUCUUCAUCAAGGUAUGAGGAGAACCGGGGUGGGGAGCGGUCAUCCUACCCGUGUUUCUGUCUGCCUUCACCUCCCUCCACUGUCAGUCCCCUCCCCCUUGGCUUCCUGAGAUCCAGCGACCAGUGGCCGUUCAGUAUCCCAAGCCUGAUGGCUUUCCCCCGUUUCCUCUCCCUCCACACAGCGGCCGGUCCCCCUGUUCUUCCCGCUCGAGCCAGGGAGAGUUUUACCUUUCUUUGCCCUCUCUCUCUGCCCCUUCCCAUCUCCCACUCGCCUCGCCCAGCUUAAGUUGCUCUGAGAGUCCUCGAAGCAAGGUUCUGGCUCUUUCACACUCUCUCCUGCAACUCCCAGCUUUCUGUGCCACAGUCCAGGGGCCAAGGUUGGUGGGGGUGGGAGGUGUGAGGGAGCGCCGGUCUCCUGGUGCCUGAAGCCAUGUUGAUGCUCUGCUGGCUGUGGAAGGGGUUCAGUGCCACCUCUCCCCUCUUCUACUGAUGGCUACAGCAGAACUGUGGCCCAUUUCACCCCCCCCUCCCCCCCCCCACUCAUCCCCAGUCCUUGAUAAGCCACAGAACGAAGCCGUGCCCUGGUAGGGAGAGCUGUCACCCGGCGGACACACUGAGGCUGGUUCCUGUGCAGGGUCACGGCCGGAGGAAGCUGCUGUGUCGCGUGCCCACUGAGUCGGGGUGGGUGGGGUGGUGGUGGGGGGCCAGGCGACGUGUCCGUCAGCGGGACCUGCGGCUCUCGGGCACGAGCGGUUAACCUUUCCGAAGGCUCUCUGCAGCAAAAUGCCUCCCAAAAGCUGGGGCUUUCAUGGGGCCGGGGGUCUCCCAGCUAUGCUUCCGGCUGUGAGGCAGUGUCCCCACAGCUGGAUUCGUGACUGGAGUCCGGCGGCUUUCACAACGGGGCAUGUUCCUGGUGGAAUCGCUGCACUCUGUCUUUCUCUCCAUUCUCUUUCCUUCUCUCACUCUCUCUCUCUCUCUCUCUCACUCUGUCUUUCUCUCCAUUCUCUUUCCUUCUCUCACUCUCUCUCUCUCUCUCUCUCUCUCACUCUCUCUCUCUCUCUCUCUCUCUCACUCACUCUCUCUCUCUUUCUCUCACUCUCACUCUCUCUCUUUCUCUCACUCUCACUCUCUCUCUCUCUCUCUCUCUCUCUCACACGUUAUUGGUUAUAUUUACGGACACUAUCACGCACAAACAUCUGUAAGCGCACUGCACACAGUGAGUGACUCUGAACCGAUGUGUGUUGUUUACUCUGAACCAGCUGAGCACACAGCUGCUGGGACUUCACUGGGGACUGCCCCAGUGAUGGCAGGUUCUGAGCCCCAUCCAAACCCUGCGUGAAAUGGGCCGGGCCAACAGUAAAUGAUGCCGCGCGAGCGCCAGAGAGCGAAGUGGUCAGCAAGAGGCCACGGGGAGCCAGGAGCUGGGAACCCUGAGCUGCAGGACUCCAGACCAUGGGCUGGGGAACAGAGUUAUCAUUGCCCAGGAACUCCCGUCUGCUGGGAUCCUGACUCUCUGUCUCCCUGAGUACGUUGCUGUGUUUCCUGCUAUCUAUGGCAGGUGGACACAGCCAGUUCCAUUGUUAGUAAAGUGGCAGAGUGGAGAUUGGUGGGAUGGGAAUGGGAAGGAACUGUUGCCUCAGAACACUGUGCCAUGGAGUGUCUGUUGUGAAAGAGAUUGCUGUAUUUUCUAACUUCCUCCAUUUUAGUAAGGAUUGGUGCAAUUAUAGUGUGACAGAUCACCGGGGUUCCCACUUAGGCGCACCGUUGGAUAUCGAGAUGUGCUCUCAGCUGUCUGUGCAUGGUUAGGGCCUUGGACAUUUGCUGUUACAUAGCCAGGCUGUGGAGAUCUUGGUUUGGGGUGGUGGGGGGGGGUGGAAGUGGGUUUGGAAGAUGAUUCAGUGAGAAACUUGGCAAACUCAGGGUUCUGAUGACUUAGUGACACCCAGGGUUUGAGAGAGGUGAUAUUAGCCAGCAAUCCUCCUCAUGAUCAGUGCCCAGUGACCCCGGGGUUAGAGGGAGGGGGAAUCAGCUGGGGUUCCUGCUCAUCACUGCCCAGUGACCCCAGUAUUGGAGAGGGGAAAUGAGCCUUUAACUAGAGAAGGAAAGGGGUUGAUAUGAAUUCGUCGGCCAGUUUGCCUCAUUCUGUGGUCCAAGUAUAAUUUUGAACUUGAAUUACGUUUAUCUCGCACUGGUGAAUAACCAUCCUCUCUCUUAAUUUUUGAAUCUAUUUUUAUCAUAACAUAUCAAAGUAAUAUUUAAAACAAAGAUUUCAGCUUUGGAUUUGCCAGUUUCUUGGUACCAUUGUAAUACAGCCAUUUCUGCUGCUUUUAGUAACAAUUUCAUAAGUAAUUUUUGUAUAAAUGUGACACUAUUUUGUGUAGUUUUUGACACGAAGUAAAAAUAUUUUAAAAAUC